UUUCCUUCUAUAUAAUGAGGCCAAAUGGGAAGUGCCCUGAUGUUAAUCUGUGAGGAUGUGGAUUUGUCCAAUUCUCUCUCUUGGUUGUGGUGCUGCCAACUAUCGCUGCAUGAGUCGCCACCUCAUGCAACCGACGUCCCCUUAACUCUCCUCUUACACCCAAGUGUCAUUUAACGCAUUCUAUUCUCCUUCUCCCUACUUAAAUGGACGUCUUCUGUUUUAGCGGAUCAAAACACCCACCUGCUUAUGGCAGCGAUCUCUCUCUCUCUCUCUCUCUCUAGAAAUUUCAGACCACAAAUUUCCUCUAAACUAAAUUUAUCUUGAAGUUUUUCUUUCUUGUGAUCCCCAUCUCUGUCUCUCACUCUAGAUUUCUCCUUAAGAUACCUCUCUCUCUCUCUAGAUUUCUCCUUAAGAUAUCUCUCUCUCUCUCUCCCUGGGAUAGUACUUUUCUCUCUCUCUAAGUAGUUUUUCUCACUAGAAAUCCCAAACCCUAAUUUUCCUCCAGGAACUAAAUUUCUUUUGACGAAAACUUUCCUCCAUAAUCCCCCCUCUCUCUCUCUCUGGAAACAAGCUCAACCAUCCCCAGUUGAGGAUAACUCAUCUCCAUUUUCGUUAGCACUCUCAUACCAUGGACAAUAAUCUUAGGCACCGAGUGAACACAGAUCGGCCCACCCCCACAUCCACCAACACCACCAAAGACAGGAAGAAGAUGGCAAUGGCGAAGAAGGGUCUCCGUUCCCUUGCCGUAGCAAUUGGCGUACCCCUUUCUCUAGGAUUCAUGGUCACAUACUACUUCCCCACCCUUAACCAGCCUGGGCUUAAGACCCCAUCGUGGUACCCUCCCCUGUGGACCCUUCACUUUGGGUGGCUAGUCUCACACUUUAUCAUGGGCCUCUCCUCUUGGCUGAUUUGGGUAGAAGGUGGUUACCACAAGAAUCCUCAGGCACUAACUGCGUAUGCAAUUCAAUUGUUCUUGGGGCUCAUGUGGGCGCCCUUGAUGUUCGGGUUCGGCGCGCCGAAGAUUGCUUUAGUCGACUUGGUUGCGCUGUUGCUGGCGAUGUUGGCCUUUUUCAAGCAUUCGAGUGGAGUGAACCCCAUUGCUGCUGAUCUUGUCAAGCCUUGCUUCUUAUGGGUUGGUUUUGUGAGCCUUGUGACUUUUAAUUAUGCAUGAGUUCUCUUCCUAAGGCACAGUAGAUCUGGUUCAUGUCAAAAAAAAAAAAGAAGCAAGGGUUUGGACACAGCUCCUUGUUCCUCAUGUAGUAAAUGUAUAGUCUCUUGUUUUAUUCGGCUGUGAGAUUAUACCGGGGGGAUUUAUCUGCCUUUUUUUUUUCUUUGAGCUUUUAUUAAUGUUGGGUUAGCUCAUGUUUAAUAGAUAAUCACGUAUGUAUAUUGUGAUCUUGGGUUCUAAUGGUUAUUAUUAGUUCGUGUUGCUAA